AUGGCGUCGCUGGGCCUGGCCGGCGAGGCGGUGAGGGACCUGUUUGGGUUCAGCCUGGCUGGGCUCACGGAUGCGGAGCAGAGGGCAAGGGAGGCCUCGCAUGCGGCGGCGCGGAGCCAGGUUAAGGGCUGGCUGCGCAAGAUCAAGGGGGGCGACGCGCGGGUGCUGUACUGCGCCAAGGGGAAGCUCAAGGCGGUGGUGCGCAAAGGCCUGCCGCCGGAGAUUCGCCCCGAGGUUUGGAUGAUUCUGUCGGGCGCGAAGCUGAGGAAGGCCGAGGCGCCGAGGGGCUACUACGCGGGGCUGGCGGCGGCGGUGGAGGCGGGGGAGGGGCCGUCGGGGGUUCUGGAGGUGUCCCGCGACGUGCAGCGAAUGUUCCGGCACCACGAAGCGUUCCGGCAGGGGGACGGCGUGCGGUCCGUGCGGCGGCUGCUGAGCGCGUUCCUGAGGCACAACCCCGAGGCGGGGUACGCGGCGGGCAUGACGGCCGCGGCGGCGUUCGUGCUCACGGUCAUGGGCUUCCACAGGGAGGAGGACGCUUUCUGGGUGUACGCCUCCAUCGUGGAGGAGGGCCUCUUCAGGGGGGCCGGCGAGCAGAUGCUGUUCUGGUGCAAGGUCCAGGAGAAGGUGCUGGGCGCGCUGGUGCGAGAGCGCGUGCCCCGGGUGCACAAGCAGUGCAUGAAGCUGGGCUGCACCGUGUCUGCGGUCACCAGCACCUGGUUCUCAUCCCUGUUCGUCCUGACGCUUCCAGCCGAGACUGCUGUGCGCGUGUGGGACUCGUUGAUAUGCGAGGGCCCGAAAGUGCUGCUCAGAGUGGCAUUGGCUCUUCUCAAGAAAUGCGAAUCCACAAUUUUGAUGACCACUGACAUGCAACAGCUCUCCCAGAUUAUUACAUACAAGCUCCGUCGCGUAUUUGGUGCGAACGAGCUGUUGAACGUGGCGUUCAACAAACUAGGGAGGCUCACUUCUGCACAGGUGCAUGGGAUACAUAGCGAGAUGGAACUGGUUGUUGAAAGGGACAUUGAGGAGCGGUCCAGGCGGAUGAUUGGCCUUAUGCCUAGCCAGGGCAGGGACUCCCCUGAGCUACUGCUUGGCAGUUGGGUGAUGGAGUCCCUUUGA